AUUACUUUAUAAAAUAGAGAAAAAACUGCCACGCAAUGCUAGCUUCUCCCUGCCACCCAAGACGCACGUGGGAGGCUAAAGACGAGGAAGGGUCGUUGGCAGGCAGGGUAACAAGGAUGGAGAACGACGCGGCGAGCAUCAGAACCUUCAGAAAAGUUUACGUCUUCACGCAAAUAGUCGGCAUACUGGUUGUCCUGCUGGUGGUGGUAUGGUUGGCAGUGUACCAUGGAGGCUUCACAUGGCGCAGUACCCCAGGCGUGGAGUUCAACUGGCACCCAGUACUCAUGGUCACAGGCUUGGUCUUCUUAUCAGCGAACGACGUCUUAAUACUGCUUGUCUUAUAAAUAAAACGUCUUUACAUUUCCCAAAUCAACCUGCACAGCGACCCCGACGGCAACCCCGCCCCAAUCCCCAACUUCUACUCCCUGCACUCAUGGAUGGGGCUCGUCGUGCUCAUCCUCUUCGCCCUCCAGUGGGUGUUCGGGCUGGUAAGCUUCCUGUACCCGGGACUGCGGCAGAGUCUCAAGGACUGGUACCUGCCCCUGCACCAGUACUUUGGUCUCCUCAUCUUCCUGGGCGCUGUCGUCACCAGCCUCCUGGGCAUCUCUGAGAAAGCCUUCUUUGCCAUGCCGAAGACGUACUCACAGCUGCCAGUAGAGGGGGUGCUGGUGAACUGCGUGGGUGUGCUGCUGGUGCUGUUCGCAGGCCUCGUGGUGCACCUCACGACGCACGCACCUUAUAAGCGACGCACCACCGAGGAGGACGUACUGCUCGCUGCUGGUGCUUAUAUGGAGUAGUGAUACUCUGCAGUCGGAGAAAUGGACGUACGGCGUACGCUCCGCGGUUAACGGCAAGAUGUUGGCUCCCCUCGUGUUGUUGGUACUCCUGAUGUUUAAAUGAAGGAUUCACAAAAGUUUUUUGUUGAAACAAGACACAGUACUAAUUAUUUUCCAAUGAGUACUUCGCUUUAUAAUCCUUUAAUUUUGUGAUUCUUCAUCGCGCAAAACAACACAAUCACAGUAACAAAUUUUACUCGCGCAAAGCUGGCGUUCGUGAUAAGCUAAAAUAUUAUUUAUUCAGAAUUUUAUCCGAAUUUUAUCCAUCUAACCUUCAUGCUAGUUUAACGAUCGCUGCAGCUAGUGAAUAGAGUGUUCUCUCUGCACCGCACAACGCAAGAUAUUUUGUGAAGACUUAUACCAGGGCUGUGCGACAAAUAUAUUCUUUUCUACUGUUUUCGUUUCGAAAAAAUCUAAAAAAAAAAUUCUACCGUUUUUUUUUCGAAAACUACAUAAUUUGUAGUCCUGAUGUAUGAUUUGCAAAUUGUUUCAUUUGUUAUUAGAGUUAUUAGAUGACCAUGUCGCUAUAGAACCUUAUUCACUACACACGUGGGGCCUUCCCAGCAUAAAAUUCUACUUGAGUUAGUUAACAUUUCAAACGUUGUCUAGUCGUUGGGUUUUAUACAUCGUGACAGUUCGUCGUUGUUCUUAGGUAUUUAAGUUUGUUUCACGUUAUUUUGUAUAUUUUAUGUUGGCACGUGUCAUGAAGGCCAUAUUUUAACAGGACCCUAUAGAAAGGUUUUAACAGGAAAAUAGAAAGAGUGGCUGUUUUGUUGGGCAAAAUAGAAAUAUUGAAUGAAAAGAAAAAACAUUUGAAUAUUGGGACAAAAUUAACAGUGGAAUGGAAGCGUGGAACUGACGUAUACCUACGAAAAAGUUUUAUAUGUGUUUGAUCUUAAUCCUUUUAUGUGUGAUCCUUCAAGGUUCAUUUGUGUGUGCUCUGGAUUUUUCUUGCCUUGGCUGUGUGAAUUUCGUUUGCAAUCAAGUGCUUAUGGCGUCGAAUUGUGUUGUGGAUAUGGGCCAUGUAUGUGAAUUCAUCUAGAUUUGAUUUUGCAGUUUAUUUCUAGGGAGAGCUGUGUUUCACUUAUGUUAUUAGAUGUGGGCUGUUCUUAUCAAUUAAUAUUAAUCUAAUGGAUUCAGUGCUUGUGAGCGUCAAAUGUGCCUGGAAUAAAAAUUUGAUUAGAGUCUUACUCUGAGACGUUGUGUGUCGAUGUCGCUCGGUACCGUAGAUUAUUUACUGUUUUAUUAAUUUUAUUUUAUAUAUAUAUUUACUGAUUAUAAUUUUAUUUUGUCCGAAGUUGUUUGGGGAAAUUACAACGAACAAAUGUACUUUAUUAUUCAUAUGAUGGUGCAACUCCUGCAUUAAUCAAGGAUUUACUGAAGAUAAACCACACUCCUAAUCUUUAUUUUUCACCCUUUAAUUCAUGCACGUAAGGCAAUAUAAUAGCUAUUAUUCAAGCAUAAUCAGAACCUAUAUUUUAUGAUAUUGCCUAUCUUACUUAUUAAUUUGAUAAGUUAAUGAGAAUUUUGCGCAGUUGUUAGUAUUUGUGACCGCAAGUGAUCAACCGCGUGAGUGUUGAAUGUUUUAACUGAAACAAAUCUAUAACUUGAAAGUUUAAAUUACACUAGCUCUAUGUUUUAUAAAUGUUAGUGAUAAAAUUAUCUCUCUAAAAUAGAUCUAUGUGCAGAAUAAGGGGCAUGCUACUUGGCAUCUGGUGUCCUGCUGGGCCCAUACUUUCAAAAAAAGUUAAGAGAUCGUAAGUUCAUCAGCCAA